CAGCGCACUUUCUCACUUGGCUGUUCAGUGGUGCUUUUUGUCGCUCCAUCUCCUAUAUCCGGCGAUAUCCGUGACUUAUCGCCGUUUUCCUGUGCGUGCUUUUUGGCCAGGCGCUGACCCCACAAUUCACAUUGCUGGACAAGGGUUCAUCGGCGUGUGGGGGGAUCGGUCCCCUGUACCGGCGUCUCUCAACCCCGCUUGCCCCGCUCUCUUAGAGUAACAUGCGGGAAGAGUUUUAUCCUUUUGGUCAACAAACUCGCGAGCUUGAAGCGCAACCGGUCUCCCGUGUGUCCCGUCCAUCCGCCCAAAGUCCACGGCCGACAUUCUGCAUUGCUGGCUGCUGCUGCUGCUGCUGAAGAUAUCUUGCCUGCCUUACUGUAUGUUCAGGCCUGCCAGACACGGGAUGAUCAACGGGCGUGCCACUGCCAAAUUAAAAAAACAUCAGGCUCUAGGCAGGGUCCCUGCAGCUGGCAGAGCACAAAGGUGUUAUCGCUCCCAUCCAUCCCAGAAUGUACAUAUAUCGUCGAUCCGGCAGCUACUGUUCGGUGACAGGGCCGUUUUUCGCUUCCCUCACCGUUCUCGCCGCCGUCAUCGCUCUCGCGGGCCCUCCCAUCCACCACCUUUUAAACCGCAGUGCCUCUCGUGCCUAUCGCUCAGUGCCGCUCCAUCUGUCCAGGACCGACCUUGUGCUACCUUGCCCUACAUAUCCAUCCCGCUGAAUACCGGGCGCUCCCAGUCUCGCCGAUCUCCUCUUGUUCCCCUCUGCCGGGCGUCAUUGCCGCGGCCCACUCGCGACAGCUCGAAACACCCAAUCAAGCCCUCAGCGGCGGCUUCAUCCUCGGCUUUCGUCGCCAUUCUGAUUUGAAGUGCAGCUCCGACAAUCCGACAAGCUGCCACCGCGGGUCGGUCCGGGCGCGAACAAACCCCCCCUUCCUGACUAAACCUACCUCUUUGAUACAUCGCCCAUUUUGCCCCUCUCGACCCCCCUCCCUUCCCCUCCCCUUCUUCUCGCCAUGUCUUCCAUCGUCUCCUCGGCCCUCCGUGCCUCUUUAACUCGUCCCUCCUGCUCGCGUACUGUCUUCACCCCGGUCUCCAACACCGUCCGCAUCACUUCGAGAGCCACUCCCGUAACCCUCAUCCAGCACUACAGACGCACAAUGGCUUCCGCCGCUAAGAUCAAGGUCAAGAACCCCGUCGUCGAGCUCGACGGCGACGAGAUGACCCGUGUCAUCUGGCAGGACAUCAAGGACAAGUUCAUCACCCCCUACCUCGACAUCGACCUCAAGUACUACGAUCUCGGCCUCGAGUACCGCGACCAGACCAACGACCAGGUCACCAUCGAUGCCGCCGAGGCCAUCAAGAAGUACUCGGUUGGUGUCAAGUGUGCCACCAUCACCCCCGAUGAAGCCCGCGUGGAGGAGUUCAAGCUGAAGCAGAUGUGGCUCUCACCCAACGGUACCAUCCGCAACGCCCUCGGCGGUACCGUCUUCCGUGAGCCCAUUGUCAUUCCCCGUGUCCCCCGUCUGGUUCCUGGAUGGAAGAAACCCAUCAUCAUUGGCCGCCACGCCUUUGGCGACCAGUACCGGGCCAAGGACUUCGUCGCCCCCGGCCCCGGCAAGCUCAGCAUGGUCUACACCCCCGAGGGUGGUGAGCCCCAGGAGAUCGAGGUUUACAAGUUCCAGGGUGGCGGUGGUGUCGCCCAGACCCAGUACAACACUGACGAGUCCAUCACCGGUUUCGCCCACGCCUCUUUCAAGCUCGCCAUUGACAAGGGCCUCCCCCUAUACAUGAGCACCAAGAACACCAUUCUCAAGAAGUACGAUGGUCGCUUCAAGGACAUCUUCCAGGAGCUCUACGACACCCAGUACAAGGAGGCUUUCGAGGCCAAAGGUAUCUGGUAUGAGCACCGUCUCAUCGACGACAUGGUUGCUCAGAUGAUCAAGAGCAGCGGUGGUUACAUCAUGGCUCUCAAGAACUACGAUGGCGACGUCCAGUCCGACAUUGUCGCUCAGGGCUUCGGCUCCCUCGGUCUCAUGACCUCCGUUCUCAUCACCCCCGAUGGCAAGACCUUCGAGUCUGAGGCUGCCCACGGCACCGUCACCCGCCACUACCGUGAGCACCAAAAGGGCCGUGAGACCUCCACCAACCCCAUCGCCUCCAUCUUUGCCUGGACCCGCGGUCUCAUCCAGCGUGGCAAGCUCGACGACACCCCCGAGGUCGUUGCCUUUGCCGAGGCUCUCGAGAAGGCCUGCAUUGACACCGUCGACGUUGAUGGCAUCAUGACCAAGGAUCUUGCCCUUGCCUGCGGCAAGACUGGCCGUGAGGACUACGUCACCACCUCCGAGUACAUGGUCGCCGUUGAGAGAAGACUCAAGCAGAGCCUGAAGGAGAAGCUCUAAGCAAUCACGAUAAUCAAACAAACAGAAAAAGCCCGAUGGUCAAAAAGUGGCGCAAACGUUACGAGGAAGGCUGUCCCAAGCCCGCCGCGGAGGAAGACGAGAGCAGGGUUGCAUCCACGUUGUCACCAGUAAGCCGUAACUGGGCUGGCUGAACAACAACCAUAGAGGAUAGAAAACAUGAGAUUUUCGCCUCGAUAAACUGGGGAAAAAAAAGAGGAGGGUCAUCAUGACAUGUCUUUUGGGUUUGAUGCUACAGCACAAACAGGCACAUGUUGUUUUCCUUGUUUGGGAGUUGGUAACCAGAUUUAUCACCAAAUCGGGACGCCAACUUCAGAUGUAUAUUGCCGAGUUGGGAUCUACAGUACACUACAGGCUCCCUGUAUAUAAAUGAGCACUUGAAGACAAUAAUCUGCACAUAUGUGAUGUAUUGUCUGUACUCUGACCCUGAUCCACGCAUUGAAAUUGAACACAGAG